AUGGACCUUCGAUGGAACAAGAGACGGCACUUUACUGAUGACGAUGUCCGCGGCGAUGUGCGCGAGCGCAUCCACGUGCAUCCACGCACCGGUGCGCGCUUACGUGCCCACGCGCAUCGCACGCGCCAGGUACACGUAACGCGCGACGCGUGCACGAUAACGCGACGCGGUAAAGCCCCUCAUUUGCCUGGCAGCACCAGCAGUCGCACGGACAUGGCAGAGGGUGGAGUCGCAACUCCCGACUGGGACAUAAACGACGCGGUGGUGCCACACGUGGCCGCCUUCGACACCUUCGGGGAGUGGUGUGACGGCCACGUCCGCCGGGUGUACCCGCCCGGCUGCGAGGAGGCGCGCCGCCAUGCCUCGGGCUGGGCCAUGCGCAACACCAACAACCACAACGUUCACAUCCUCAAGAAGAGCUGUCUAGGAGUCCUAGUAUGCUCCCAGCGCUGCCGCCUCCCCGAUGGUUCCCGAGUCCAUCUCCGACCCGCAAUUUGUGACAAGGCACGGAAAAAACAGCAAGGCAAACCGUGCCCAAACCGCCUUUGUAACGGAGGCCGAUUAGAAGUACUGCCUUGUCGAGGACAUUGUGGGUACCCAGUCACACACUUCUGGCGUCACACCGACCACGCCAUAUUUUUUCAGGCCAAAGGGGCCCACGACCACCCUCGCCCCGAGGCUAAGGGAGCUAGCGAAGUGCGAAGAUCACUUGGAGCUGGAAGAAGAGUAAGAGGGUUAGCUUUACUGCUAGCGAGAGAAGCAGCCAUAGCAGAUAAAAUACUCACAGUGAAGCCAGACAAACAAACCACACAGAAAGUGUGCAACCCACACCCACAGCCCCCACCAUUGAUUCCAGACAACCAAAGAGUUCAAUUAACGUGCACUUGUGGGCCAUUCGAGUGCUCCUGCCGAUGGCGACCAGAGCAGACUGUAGAGAGCUACGCGACGGCUGCGUGGUCCCCCCCGGAGCCGCAGUACCAGGGCUAUGCCCCGCCCGCACACCCCGCGCCCCCCGCGCCCACGCUGCAGCCACAACAACACUACGAUCCAACGGCCCUACCCGCUGACGACAUCUUCCAUCCUGAAGAAAUUUUCCAAUUAGACCAACCUAUAAGGCUAGACUUUCCUCUCGAAGAGCACACGUUGGAGUCGCCGCCGACAUUCGCAGAUCUCAAUGGUGAAAAUUCCAGACCAGAGGAAAGUUACUGGAUGGAUUGGCAGCGGGCUGCAGGUAGCUCAGAAUCCAGUCAAACACCCUCUCCCGAGCUGUUUGGAGGAUAUCAGCAGUCUGAGUACUGCGAGCAGGCUUACGUUCCUCAGGCGUAUUAUCCGGAGGGAGCUCAGUACUAUCCUUCAGAAAGAACGCCGCCGAUGAUGGAGACGCAGGAGCAACGAUAUUACCGCUACGGGCAGGACUGCUCGCAGACCAACGUAGCAGACCUACAGUCCUGGAACUACACAGACUGCGCAUUCACGACGACUGACAUGUCAGAAUGCAAACAGUACUUUGACGUUCAGCAGCAAGCCGUCAACGGAUUUAGCGGACUCUUAUAAUAGUAAUUGUGUAAAUAGUUAUGUAAAAUUUUGUAAAUAUUCCUUGUAAGUUUUAGUUUAAGUUGUUAAUUUUGUUUUUAAUAUGUAU